CAUCGUUUCUGAGCUUACGAGAACAGAGAUAAAGAGUAAUAAUAAAUAGAGAUACGAGAGAGAGAGAGAGUACCUGCAAAAGAAGUUGCAUUCGAUUACGUCCACGUAAACUCGAAUGGAGGGUAGAUGCAUGGGACAGCUGGACUUUGAGGGUCGUGCCAGUGCCAUGCAAAAGCCUCGGAACGCUUUAAGAAUCGGUCUCAGCGUCGGAGACGGCUCCUCUUUGCCCGCUUCUUAAGACCUCCUCCUCCUCCUCGGUUGGAUCGAGAGAGGGGAGAAGAGGAGAGAUGAGAGAGCUGCGGAUGGGGAACGCGGAGGAGGCGGCGAUGGAGCGGCAGAUGAUCCGGCGGGGGGUGGAGGACUGCCCGCGGCUGGCGCAGGACGAGAAGGAGCGGAUCGACAAGGUGGCUCGGUUCGUGGCCAGGGACGGCGACCUGACCGAGACCAUCCUCCUGAGGCUGCUCAAGAUCACCAAGAACCAACGCCGCUGGGGGUUCAUCUCGCCGGACCACCCCCACCACGGCUACUACCUGCGGCGCAAGAUCUCGGAGCAGUGCCGGGCCAUCCGGCCUCCCCGGCAUAUGGUGAUCACUGCAAGAGAGAGAUGACGGGUUUCACGUCACUGUGACAGACAGUUACCUAAUUAGCUACUCGUUCUUCGUCUCAAACUAUUGUUCGUCUGGAAGGAAAUGA